CUGAACGGCGCCAAGACACCAUUACAGGGUGAAGGGUCCCCUCUGCAAACACAAAGCCGAAGGGAUUGUAAUCUGUGAUUUUAAAGGGGGAAAGGAAUUUUUUUUGUGUGUGGUUAGUCUAGCUCUGAGAGGAUAAUUCACAUAUCACAGAGAAUGGCUGGGAAGACUUCACUCGUUGAAAGUUUCCUGAACUGUCACGCGUGCUCACAGACUCUCAGAGAUCCGGUGUCUCUGAGCUGCAACCACAGCUUCUGCUCGAGCUGCCUGCGACAACGCUGGGAACAAGCCAAAAACAAAAACUGUCCGGUGUGCAAAAGAAAACCUGCGAUGGAAGAUUCGGCGGUGAACCUCACACUGAGGGAGCUGGAUGACUCCUUUGCCGAGAGGCGGAAAAAUGGAUCGCCUGAGACGGGAAAAGAGAAGGUGCUGUGUGACAGACACGAAGAUGUCCCUUACUGGUUCUGUGUGGACGAGCAGAGGGCUGUGUGUCCUGUCUGCGAGUUCUCGCUCCACAACAACCACAAGUUGGUGCCUGUAGAGGAAGCAGUCGGUGAGCUGAAGGAGCAGCUGAAGAUGGACUUAAAGUCUCUGCAGGACAAGAGGGACAAAUACAGACAAGUGGAGGAAACAUACAGCGAGGUGGCCCAACACUCCAAGAGGCAGCUUCUGUCCACCGAGAGGCAGAUCAGAGCGGAGUUCAACAAGCUCCACCAGUUCCUGAAAGAGGAAGAGGAGUCCCGACUAGCAUCUCUGAGGGAGGAAGAGGAGCAGAAGAGGCGGAUUAUCAGCCGGGAGAUGGAGGAGAUUCAGGGGCGGAUAUCGUCUCUGUCACAGAGUAUCUGUGCCGUUGAAGAGGAGCUGCAGAAGCACAACGUGUCGUUCCUCAGCAGCUACAAAGCCGCUCAGGCCCGAGCCAGAGCCGUGUGCUCGCUGUCGGAUCCACGGCUGGUCUCAGGAGCGCUGAUAGAUGUGGCCAAACACCUGGGCAACCUGUCCUUCAGAGUCUGGGAGAAGAUGAAGGACACGGUCCGCUUCUGUCCCGUCAUUCUGGACCCAAACACUGCAUGCCCCGAUCUCUACCUGUCUGACGAUCUGACCGCUGUGAGGCGUGGAUAUAAAGACCAGCAGCUCCCUGACAAUCCGGAGAGAUUCACCAAGUACGCCACUAUUCUGGGCUCAGUGGGCUUCAGCUCAGGGAUCCACAGCUGGGUGGUGGAGGUGGGAGAUCAUCCCCUCUGGCAUUUGGGUGUGGUGACAGAGUCAGUCGAGAGGAAGGGAGAGAUAUCCGCCACAUCGGAAAACGUAAGCUGGUCUUUGUCACACGUGAGUGGGAAAUACACCGACGGUCUCGAUGAGCUCAUGGUCACCGAGAGGAAAAGUCUCCAGAGGAUCAGAGUCCAUGUGGACUAUGAGAGAGGGGAGGUGUCCUUCUACGACCCCGAGGACAUGAAUCACAUCUACACUCACCAAGACUCUUUCACCGGGAAGCUCUUUCCGUUUUUCAACGUCGGACGUGCUGGUGAUGCUAAAACCACCGAUAUUAAAAUCUGCCACGCCGAUAUUUAUCUGUAAUGCUCAGGGAGACUGGUGAGGUCAGAGUGAUUUAUUAGGAUAUUUUUCAAUAUUGUGUUUAUUCUCACCAGUUCCAGUCAGUUCGCGUUAGUUCUUCAUGCAGCCCCGACUGCAAUAUAGUCGUGCUUGGGGUGGGAAACACGGGUGCUGGGAUAAUGUGAUCCUGCUGUGCUCCCGGUGGUUCCUCCUGGUUUGUACUUUUAGUUUUUGAACUUCUCUUUAGUUUCCCAAUGUGCCGCAGCCUGUUCUUGUCUGUGUUGUUGCCUGCCUGUAUAUUUUGGAUUCACACUUUUUGGGAUAUUAAAGCUCGCCUUCUGUUCUUAAGAACAGAAGGCGAGCUUUAAUAUCCGUGUCUUGGCGUCUUGCAUAAUGCUUUUGUGCUGUGAGGAGCUACUCCAUAUUGUUGUGUAUUACUUGUACACUAUAUGUGUAUACUGUGUCAUAAAAAAGUCAUACUCGAGUAAAAGUAAAAGUGAUCGUUUACCAGAUACUAAAUGAACUUAAGUAUCAAAAGUAACUUUCUGGCCUGACAUUUAUUGAACUAUUAAAACUACAAGUAAAAGUAAAUUCGACUUACAUUUACAUGUAUGUAUGUACUGUAUUCUUUGUGGCAGCUGAUUAUCAGAAUUAGUUUUUGAAACAAAUAAAACCUGAUUAAUGAUAAAAGAGGUUAAUGUAAAAAUGUGCUUAUUUGGCUCUGAUGCAGCAUGCAAGUUAUCAAAUAAAUAAAGCCAGUACAAAGUACAAUAUUUGUCUCCAAAAUGUAGUAGAGUGGAAGUAUACAGCAGCAGAAAAAGGAAAAACUUAAAGUAAAGUACCCCAAAACUUACAAGUUACUUACUUCAAGUACAGUACUUGAGUAAACAUACUUAGUUA